AUGGAUCUCUAUUCUUUCUGGAUCUCCUCCCUCACCUUCGGACGUCCCUUGAACUCUGACCCCCAUGUUGCGUGCGACCACGAGACUGAGGUCGACGCCCACAGGAUGGCCUGGCAGUGCCCUCAUCCGUGCAAGCAGCAGUCGCGCUCUAGCAAGAUCGAUACAUUCAACAGGAAACACGACUACCUCCGGAUCUCGUUGACUGAGAGGUGCAACUUGCGAUGCUUCUACUGUAUGCCCAGUGAGGGCGUCGAGCUCUCACCCCCAAGUCAUAUUUUGACAGACGGCGAGAUCAUACGUCUCGCCUCCCUUUUCGUUCGGAAUGGAGUCACCAAAAUCCGACUGACUGGAGGUGAACCGACGAUUCGUAAGGGCAUUGUUGACUUGACCAGACGUUUGCAUGAACUCCAGUCAUAUGGACUCAAGUCCAUUGCAAUGACAAGCAACGGGCUGGUCCUCCAUCGCCAUCUACCCCAAUUGAUUCAGCAUGGUCUGACGCAUCUGAACCUCAGUUUAGACACUUUGGACCCCUUCAAAUUUGAGUUCAUGACGCGCCGACGAGGACAUGAAGCAGUGUUGAAGACGCUGAACAUGGCUUUGGAUAUGGACCUCCCUUCUGUUAAAGUGAACGUAGUUGUGAUCAAGGGUCUUAAUGACUCGGAAGUCCUGGACUUUGUCGAAAUGACCAGGGAUCAGCCUAUCUCGGUCCGUUUCAUUGAAUUCAUGCCAUUUACUGGGAACAAAUGGGACAGAAAAAAGAUGGUUCCCUCGUCCAACCUCUUGGAGACGAUAAAGAGCAAAUAUCCCACCGCGACCCGAGCUCUCGCAGAGCCCAACGAAACCGCCAGGUCCUGGCUCAUUCCUGGGUUCAAAGGCAGCUUCGGGUUCAUCUCCAGUAUGUCCGACCACUUUUGUAGCAGCUGCAAUCGACUGCGUUUGACUUCGGAUGGGCAAAUCAAGGUAUGCCUCUUCGACCCACACGAAGUCUCCCUCCGGGAUGCUAUGCGACAAGGUGCAACGGACGACCAACUACUCGGUAUAAUACAAGGCGCCGUAUCCAACAAGAAAGAGAAACACGCAGGCAUGAACGACAUCGACGUUACUUCCAACAGGCCAAUGAUUCUCAUAGGCAAUGCAUACCACCCAUACCGACCGUCCAAACUCCACCGAAACCAACGGAACUCGAAGCGCGUACCGGUUUCCUCGCACCGACACUAUGGCACCUCGACACGGCUCACCCAUCUUGAUGACUCGGGGCGAGCCAACAUGGUCGAUGUCGGCGAUAAAUCUCCAACCAAGCGCAGCGCAACUGCCACCGGCCGCAUUUACAUUACCCCACUUGCUUACCGGCUCGUGACUCAAGGAUACCCACAGGGUAGUGAAGGACCGGCACGUUCUGAACUCGACGUCGAGGAGCACAAGGCCAUGUCUAAAGCGAGUCGCAAAGGCGACGUCUUGACAGUCGCUCAAUUGGCAGCGAUCAUGGGCGCGAAACAGACGGCCAACCUGAUUCCUUUGUGCCACCCCCUUUCUUUAUCCAAUGUCAAGGUGGCCUUGACGCCUCGUGUGGUGGAGGAAGAACAAGAUGUUGGACGUGAUGGUGGUGGAGAGGUGCGCUGCACUCGGAGGCGGUACAUGAUUGAAUGUUCAGCCACUGUCGCUUGUGAAGGGAAAACCGGGGUGGAAAUGGAGGCUCUGACGGCGGUUUCGGUGGGGUUAUUGACCGUCUGGGAUAUGUUGAAAGCUGUUGCUGGCAAAGAGAUGGAGAUCGGGGAAAUCAAGGUCACCAGGAAGACAGGAAGUCAGAGCGGAGAAUUCGAAAGGCAAUGA